AUGGUUUGUGGCGGUGAUGACUGGGAUCUGAGCAAUCAGCAUUUAACCACACUCCGCAAGAACACGUUCACUGGACUCAAGAAACUGCUCACGCUAGACCUGUCGGGGAACCGAAUCCAACACAUCGACAAAGGAGCCUUCAGCGGACUUCUCAACAUCAUCUCUAUAAACCUGUCAAACAACAGGAUACAACACAUCUGUGACACAGUCUUCCAAGGCCUGCUUCACCUACACACCUUGGACAUAUCUCAGAACAGCAUCGAUGACAUAGGGGAGAGUGUGUUCCUUGGUCUGCCUAGCUUGGAGACCUUGGAGACAGACAGCUACAAGUUCUGCUGCCUGGCUCACUCCGCCGUCCACUGUCUCCCGGAGGCCGACGAGUUCUCGUCCUGUGAAGACCUCAUGUCCAGCCAGGUGCUCAGGAUCAGCAUCUGGGUGCUGGGUGUGGUGGCUCUGUGCGGGAACUUUGUCGUCAUUUUCUGGAGGGUCCGAGACUUCAGGGGCGGAAGAGUGAGUGGGUUUUUUGUUGUUAUUGAAGAAAAGAAUAGAAAAAGAGUUGGCAAGCUGGGUGGCAAAAAUGAUGACAGGGGAAUGCAGGUAGGUGGAGACAUCUCGCCUGGACUAGAGUAG